AUGUCUGACCCCCGAGCCGAGCUGCAAUCCACUCUCCGCAGCCUAUCCAUUGGCUCCAAGGGACCCGUGCAGGACAUUUCACGGCCAACCCCGCCCCGAUCCUCCAUCGCCGGAUCCGCAACCACAGCCCCAAAGCCCAAAAAGUCUCCCAGCGCAAUUGCCGAUUCCUGGGAAGACGAGGCGGAACUCUCCGCCGACGACAACGACCUCCAGUCACCAGCCGACGGUCACUCAUCUCUGCCCUCGCCGAUCAGCGGCGAGGGCCCGCUCGAUCCCCCGCCGACUCCGAUCUCGCCCCAGACAUCAUAUCCCGGAGUCUCGGGAGGGUAUACCUCGUCACCGCCGACCUCAGCUGGUGGGUACGCUGCCGCGCCGCAGUCGGGUGGCGCCUCGAGGCGGCCGGAGAAACAGACUGCCGUUGCGGGACGAUUGAUUGCCGGUGCGUUGGGGAUUAGGGCACCGAAGCGCACAGAGGAGCAGAGAUCGUAUGAUCGUGCCGUGAAAGAGCAGGAGAUACGGAGGCGGAAUCGCGAGCGCGAGGAGCUGACCAAGGCGAAAGAGGAGGACGAGAAGCUCAAGACGUCGGUGUGGAAUGAUUGA